AUGCCUCGCCCGGGCAGAAACACUUACAGCGACCAGAAGCCUCCCUACUCCUACAUCUCGCUGACCGCCAUGGCGAUCCAGAGCUCCCCGGAGAAGAUGCUGCCCCUGAGCGAAAUCUACAAGUUCAUCAUGGACCGCUUCCCCUACUACCGGGAGAACACGCAGCGCUGGCAGAACUCCCUCCGCCACAACCUCUCCUUUAACGACUGCUUCAUCAAGAUCCCGCGCCGCCCCGACCAGCCGGGCAAGGGCAGCUUCUGGGCGCUGCAUCCCAGCUGCGGGGACAUGUUCGAGAACGGCAGUUUCCUGCGCCGCCGCAAGCGCUUCAAGGUGCUGCGCUCGGAGCAGCUGGCGCCCAGCAAGCCGUCGGACGCAGCGCAGUACCUGCAGCAGCAGGCCAAGCUGCGCCUCAGCGCCCUGGCAGCCUCCGGCACCCACCUGCCCCAGAUGCCCACCUACAACCUCGGCGUGUCCCAGCCCUCCAGCUUCAAGCACCCCUUCGCCAUCGAGAACAUCAUCGCCAGAGAGUACAAGAUGCCCGGGGGGCUUGCCUUUUCCACCAUGCAGCCCAUGCCUGCCGCCUACCCCCUUCCCAACCAGUUGACUACGGUGGGCAGCUCCAUCGGUACGGGCUGGCCCCACAUGUACAGCUCCGGCAUGAUCGACACCGCCACCCCCAUCUCCAUGGCCAGCGGCGAGUACGGCGCCUACGGCGUCCCCCUCAAGCCGCUCUGUCAUGGUGGGCAGACGCUGCCGGCCAUCCCCGUCCCCAUCAAGCCUGCCCCAGCCGCGGUGCCGGCCCUGCCUGCCCUUCCCGCGCCCAUCCCCACCAUCCUCUCGAACUCGCCACCCUCCCUCAGCCCCACGUCCUCGCAGACGGCCACCAGCCAGAGCAGCCCGGCCACCCCCAGCGAGACUCUCACCAGCCCGACGCCCGCGCUGCACUCCGUGGCCGUGCACUGA